UUACCACAGCGCAAAACCCAGAAGCCGUUGGAGGGACCCCACCAUAGAUACCAUUGCAGCCUCUGCCCAAAGACCUUCUCAAGACCAUCUUCACUACGAAUCCACGGCUAUUCUCACACCGGAGAAAAACCCCAUGGAUGCCCCUAUCCUGGGUGUGGGCGCUGGUUUAGUGUCCAGAGCAACAUGCGUCGCCACUUGAGAGUCCAU